AGAGAGAUGGAGACAGCGGGAGAUACAGAGAGAGAUACAGGUACAGAUAAACAAAAAAUGGAGAAAGACAAAAGGAGACCAGAGAGAUGGACAGAGACAGUGAGGUCAAGAUAGAGAAGAGAGAUAACAAUGGCAGGCAGAGAGAGAAACUUUCAGAUGGAGAGACAGAGAGAGAGAGAUACAGCAGUAAAGAUAACUCCCUCCAGGAUAAAGCAGGCUAUAAAAAAGGCAGAUCAAAGGCACUAAAAAAAAAAAAAAAAAAAGAUGCCUCUCUCCCCAUCCCUGCCCUUCUCAACCCCACAGAGGGAGGCCUGCAGGGACAAGCUGGUGGAGAUGCACCGCCCACACUGACCUCCUUCUAGGCACUCCCACAGCAGCAGCCGGUCCUCCUUCAGCUCUGCCCACCUUCCCUCCUGCUGCUGGCCAAGCCCAUUAAGCUGCUACCCUGGCCACAGCUGAAGGCCCCACGCCCUGAGGAGGAAAACACUGAAGAGGCAUCCUUGCUCCCUGCACACCAAACCAUCAAUUAGUAUUAACGAGGGAAGGUUCCUCUCUGCCUAAAGACCCCCAUCUGGGCUCAGAUGGAGGGGAGGUCCCACCCCCAUGACUCAGGAGGUUAAAGGGCCUAGAUCCGGCCUGUGAGCCCACAGUGUCCGGAUGGCGUGUGGCAGAAAGAGAGUCACCAUCCAGCUGGUGAACCAGGAGGCAGGGCCUGGAACCAAGGGCCCAAAGCCCUCUCGGGGCCAGAACUACAAAGCAAUCCAAGCAGCCUGCCUGGAUGAGGGGAUCCUGUUCCGAGAUCCCUAUUUCCCUGCUGGCCCUGAUCCCUACUUCCCUGCUGGCCCUGAUGCCCUUGGCUAUGACCAGCUGGGGCCCGACUCGGAGAAGGCCAAAGGGGUGGAAUGGAAGAGGCCCCAUGAGUUUUGCGCUAAGCCCCAGUUCAUCUGUGAGGACAUGAGCGGAACAGACGUGUGUCAGGGGAGUCUGGGUAACAGCUGGUUUCUUGCAGCCGCUGCCUCCAUCACUCUGUACCCACGACUCCUGUCCCAGGUGGUCUCCCCAGGACAGGGCUUCCAAGACGGCUAUGCAGGCGUCUUCCACUUCCAGCUCUGGUAGUUUGGCUGCUGGGUGGACGUCGUGGUGGACGACAGGCUGCCUGUGCGUGAGGGGAAGCUGAGGUUCGUGCGCUCGGAUCAGAGGAACGAGUUCUGGGACCCACUCCUGGAAAAGGCCUAUGCCAAGCUCCAUGGCUCCUACGGGGUGAUGCGAGGCGGCCACAUGAAUGAGGCUUUCGUGGACUUCACAGGCGGUGUGGGCGAGGUGCUCUACCUGAGGCAGGACACUCCAGGCCUCUUCUCUACCCUGCGCCAUGCCCUGGCCGAGGGGUCCCUCGUGGGAGCCGCUGCCCUGAGUGAUCGGGGCGAGUACCGUACAGAAGACGGGCUGGUGAAGGGACAUGCAUAUUCAGUCACAGGCACACACAAGGUGUCACGGGGCUUCACCAACGUGCGUCUGCUGCGGCUGCGGAGCCCACAGGGCCGAGUGGAGUGGCCUGGGGCCUGGAGUGAUAGAUGCCCAUGCUGGGACGUGCUCCCCGCUGAGUGGCGAGAUGCCUUGCUGGUGAAAAAGGAGGAUGGUGAGUUCUGGAUGGAGCUGCAGGACUUCCUCUGCCACUUCGCCACCAUCCAGGUCUGCUCGCUGAGCCCUGAGGUGCUGGUCCGCAGCCCGGCUGGAGGCGGCAGGCACAUCCACACCUUCCAAGGCCACUAGGUACGCGGCUUCAACUCUGGCCGGGGCCAGCCUCGUGCCAAAACCUUCUGGACUCACCCCCAGUUCCGGCUGACGCUGCUGGAGCCUGAGGAGGAGGACGAGGGGUCCUGGGAGGGCUGGGGGGCAGCAGGAGCGCAGGGCCCCACUGGGGGGCGCACCCCCAAAUGCACUGUGCUUCUGUCACCCAUCCAGCGCAACCGGCGGCCCCUGAGGGCCCAGGGCCUCACAUACCUGACUGUGGGCUUCCACGUGCUCCAGAUCCCAGAGGAGCUGCUGGGACUGUGGGACUCCCCGCGCAGUCGCGCGCUCUUGCGGGGCCGGCUGCGCGCCGACCGCUCGCCCUUCUGUGCCUGCCGCGACGUGAGCCACCGCUGCCGCCUGCGCCCCGGCCACUAUCUGGUGGUACCCAGCGCCCGUGCCGCCCGCGCCGCCCGCGCCGCGCGGGACUUCACGCUGCGCGCGUUCUCCGAGCGCCGCCACACCGCAGUGGAGGUAGAUGAUGUGAUCAGCGCCGACCUGCGUGCCCUCAUGGUCCCCUACAUUCCCCUGGACCUAGAGAUGCAGCAGCUGUUUCAGGAGCUGGCAGGAGAGGAGGAAGAACUCAGUACCCCUCAGCUCUAGACCUUAUUAAGUAUUGCCCUGGAGCCUGCCAGGGCCCAUGCACGGACUCCCAGAGAAAUCGGGCUCAGGACCUGGGAGCAGCUGCUGCAGCGUUUUGGGCAUGGGCGAAGCCUCGACCUGUACCACUUCCAGCAGCUCUGGGGCCACCUCCUGGAGUGGCAGGCCACAUUUGACAAGUUCGAUGAGGACGCCUCCGGAACCAUGAACUCCUAUGAACUGAGGCUGGCCCUGAACGCAGCUCAGAGGCGGCCUCCCCCGGGCUUCCACCUGAACAACCAGCUGACCCAGGCCCUCACUAGCUGCUACCGGGACAGCCAUCUGCGCGUGGACUUCAAGCACUUGGCGUCCUGCGUGGCCCAGCUCAUCUGCCUCUUCCGCCACUGCAGCCAGCACCUGGAUGGGGGCGAGGGGGUCGUCUGCCUGACCCACAGACAGUGGAUGGAGGUGGCCAUCUUCUAGGACCUCAGCCUGGGAGCCCUGCCUUUCCCUUCUCCCAGCCAGGACCAGGGUUUCCUCUACAGGAAGGGGGCUGAUGCCCUGAUGUUAAGCAGUGAUUCAGAACAUGGCCUUGGGAGCCAGCCUGCCUGGAGCUGACUUCCGGCCCCCCCACUCACCAGCUGGGUGACACUGGGCAAGUCACUGCACCUCUCUGGUAAACGGGCAUGGUAACAGCACCUUUCUCAUGCAGGCUGCACGAGUUAGCCCACGUUACACGCUUACAACAAUGCGUCACCUGGAGUGGGUCCCCAACAGCACUCCUACUUUCACACACUCAUGGGAACAGGGAUCGGGGCACUCCCACACCCCACCUCACUCUGGCAAGAGGUGCUCUAUCAUCGCUCUCCUAAGAAGUGGAGAACAGAUAGAAAAACAGAGGACACUGUAGGAAUCCUUCUUAAAAAUAUUACAUGUUUUAUUAUCCUGUCCCCAGAAGGGUGGUUUAUCCAGAAACCGAGAAAAAAAAUAAUCAAUCGGAAUAAACUCAAAAAAAAGGGGGGGGGGAGGUGGUGGAGUGAAACCAUCCACUAACAGGCAGCUAGGCCAGCAGCCCACCCUUCGCCUCGGGGGGGGGGGGGGUCCCCAGAGACCUACACCGAUGGCAGACAUCAGAGAAAUCAGUAAGGGGCUGGGGGAGGGGAGCAAAUCAGCUAUGUCUUCAUUAUGAGAGCAAGAGGCGGCGAAGAUAUGCUGCUAGGUGAAUAUAUAUUUAUAUAAUAAAUCCGUAAGUUAAUAAAGUAAAUAGUAAUUCUCUGAAAGUUUUUUUUCAUAGUUUUUUUUUUUUGUGGAUUUUUGUGUGUUUUUUUUGUGUGUGUGUUUUUUUUCUUUUUUUCUUUUUUUGCCGGUGGAGGGGGUCCUUAGAAAAUCUGAGAGAUACGCAGGUCCAGACAAAGCAAGGUGGGGGCUGGCUGGGGGUGAGGGUGGGAGGCUGGUCUGCCCAACCCCACUCCUGGUGCAGAAGAGGGGGGACUGAGCUGAACCCCCUCAUCUCCUGGCGAUGCCAAGUGAGGGGAGGGGACAAGGGAGCAGGGAGCAGGCUGGUCCUCUUUCCUGCCGGGCAGCUGUGGCACCCUCUACGGGGCCCAUCGCAGGCCCGGGCGGUUCCUGGACAAGGCACGUCGGGCUUUGGCCUGGAUGUGGGAGGCCUUGAAGGGACCUCAGGGGAGAAGAAAUGGACCAGGGGGGUGGUGAGGGGUGGGCGUUUCUAGGGCUUGGAGGGGGCCUGUUUUACUGUGAGGAUCCACUGUCCCCUCCACAGAGUUAAAAAAA